AUGGCAGAGGAGGAGAAUAGUCCGUUGUUUGAGAUAAAGAGAGCAAAAGGAAGGGUCUUUUACAAAGUCUUAUGUUUGUCAUUGUUUGUGGGGAUAUGCUUCAUCUGGGUUUUCAGAGUGAGUCACAUGCCCAGAGAAGGUGAAGAUGGAAGAUGGGGUUGGAUUGGGAUGUUCUGUGUUGAACUAUGGUUUGGUCUUUACUGGCUCCUCAGACACUCCUUAAGAUGGAACCUUCUCUUCAGGGAACCUUUCAGAGAUAGACUAUCACAAAGGUAUGAGAAGGUGUUGCCAAAAGUGGAUAUAUUUGUGUGCACAGCAGAUCCAGUGAUAGAGCCAGCAGUGAUGGUGAUAAACACAGUGUUAUCAGUUAUGGCUUAUGAUUAUCCACCAGACAAACUCAGUGUGUAUCUUUCAGAUGAUGCUGCAUCAGACAUUACCUUCUAUGCUCUCUUUGAGGCUUCCAUCUUUGCCAAACAAUGGCUUCCUUUCUGCAGAAAAUUCAAGGUCGACCCCACCUCACCUGCUGCUUAUUUCAAGACCAUUGCCUCGUCAACUCAUUCAAGUUCUCAUGCCAAAGAAUUACUCACAAUCAAGAAAUUAUACCAAGAUAUGGAAAGUCGCAUAGAAAAUGCAGGCAAGAUGGAGAGAGUACCUGAAGAACUACACUCAAAGCAUAAAGGAUUUUCUGCUUGGGAUUCAUAUUAUUCUCGACCAGACCAUGACACAAUUCUUCAAAUAUUACUUGAUGGAAAGGACUCGAGUGCCAAAGAUGUAGAUGGGAAUGUUAUGCCCAUAUUGGUUUAUUUGGCUCGCGAGAAGAGACCUCAGGUUCCACAUGACUUCAAAGCUGGAGCCAUGAAUUCAUUGAUAAGAGUGUCAUCAAUGAUUAGCAACGGGGAAAUUAUCCUUAAUACUCCACAGUGUUUUGAGAACAUCACGAAGAAUGAUGUCUAUGGUUGUGCUUUAAGAGUAGUUUAUGAGGUGGAACUCCAUGGUGCAGAUUCACUUGGUGGACCAAUGUAUAUUGGAACUGGCUGCUUUCACAGAAGAGAGAUACUGUGUGGAAGAAAGUUCAGUGACCAAUACAAGAAAGAUUGGAAUGAAUGCAAGAAUAUUGAUCAUAUGAAAGAAGCAAGCUUGCAUGAACUGGAAGAAAAAUCAAAGGCUCUUGCUAGUUGUACCUAUGACAAAAACACUUUAUGGGGAAAAGAGAUGGGACUGCAAUAUGCUAACUCAAUAGAGGAUCUGAUGACAGGAUUGUCUAUUAAAUGCAGAGGAUGGAAAUCAGCAUACUAUAAUCCUCGAAGGAGUGCUUUCUUAGGUGUAGCUCCAACCACCUUGCCACAAGCCUCCAAAUGGCAUACUGUUACCAUAACCUAUGGGUGUUUCUUUCCUGGCCAACUCUAUAUUACUGCAUCAUCCCUUCACUCUAUCUCCUCAAAGGCAUUCCCUUGUUUCCACAGGUAUGAAUUUGACACCUUGGCUGCACAAAUGUCAAGUCCAUGGUUUAUACCCUUUGCAUAUGUCAUGCUUGGCGAUUCCUCCUACUGCCCGAUGGAGUUUUUGUGGUCAGGAGGCACAGUCAAGGGUUGGUGGAAUGACCUACGGAUGUGGCUAUACAAGAGAACAAGCUCUUACCUUUUUGCUUCUGUUGAUACCAUCAUGAAGCUUUUUGGCUUUUCAGAAUCAACCUUCGUAGUAUCUGCAAAGGUAGCAGAAGAAAAUGUUUCCCAAUGA